AUGGCGGACCCGGCACUGUUCGAGUUUCUGCACACCGAGAUGGUAGCGGAGCUGUGGGCUCAAGAUCCAGACCCCGGCCCCGGGGGACAGAAGACCAGCCUGUUGGUCCUGGAGGGCAUGGGCUUCCGCGUGGGCCAGGCCCUGGGCGAGAGGCUGCCCCGGGAGACACUAGCCUUCAGGGAAGAGCUGGACGUCCUCAAGUUCCUGUGCAAAGACCUGUGGGUGGCUGUGUUCCACAAGCAGAUGGACAGCCUCCGCACCAACCACCAGGGGACCUACGUCCUGCAGGACAACAGCUUCCCCCUCCUCGUCCGGAUGGCCUCGGGUCUACAGUACCUGGAGGAAGCGCCCAAGUUCCUGGCCUUCACCUGCGGCCUCCUGCGUGGCACCCUCAGCACCCUGGGCGUCAAGAGCCUGGUCACCGCCUCCGUGGCAGCCCUGCCCGCCUGUAAGUUCCAGGUGGUGAUCCAGAAACCUUGA